AUGCGAUUCUAUUAUUCUUUUCAGAAAUUAGGGACAAUUCUAAUGAAAUUUUUAAUUUAUCUACUGAUUUUCUUUGGCGAAGCUUUAUUUUGGCCUGAUGGUGCACCAUGUAAAUAUUCAACGAUGAAGUCGAUGAAUCCUUUAGAAGCAGUGGAACAUGAAGGUGGAUUACAACUUUCAAACCCUCCAUAUGCUAUUGAUGUGGUUCAUAAAUGCUAUUGGAAAAAUCAGCCAAUAUUUUUGAAAUUACGCGGUACGUCGAGAAAUUUCAUUUUUAAAGGAUUUGUCAUACAAGCAUUUAUUUUCCGUGAAAGAAAAAAGGAAAAAAGAGCUGGAAAGUUUGUUCGAUUAGAUAACAAUGGUUCAUGGAGACAUCAGUGCUAUCGAUUUCAUGAUUCUGUAACAAAUGCGCAUGAUGAGAAGAAAAAUGAAAUAAAUUUGUGGUGGAAAAAUGAUAAAGACGAUGAUAAAGUAGUACAGUUCGUUGCGACAGUUGUGAAAUCACGAAAAGAAUUUUGGGUUCAAAGUAUACUCUCAAGGCCUGUAGCACCUUGUCGAAUGCAACGAGAGUUUAAUAAUUAUGAAUCAGAACGUAUUACUGCACCGCCGAAAAUAAUUCCAUUUGCAUUAGCAAAUAAAUUUUGA